AGAAAACUAAAAGAAAAUAUAGUCUGUCAAAAAAAAGUGUGCCCAAUCGCUUUGUGACUCUGUCGAUGCAUGAAUCGGUGUGAAACCAAAAUUGCCAAUGACGUCAAUAACACGCUUGCGCUUGACUCGAACUCGGAAACUCAUCCGUUGCGUUGGACUUGAUUCUUCCUAUCAACAACUACAACUCUCUUUCAUUUUACUAUAUCAACACAAUGUCCGGUAAAAAAGUGAUUGUAUUUUUGGCCGAUGGCACCGAGGAAAUGGAAUUUACCAUCACAGUCGACGUCUUGCGUCGUGCACAGCUCGACGUAACUGUUGUGGGUGUUCAAUUGGCUCACGGUACCUAUGCGGAAUGCAGCCGCAAAGUGAAGAUUGUACCCGAUGUUCUCCUCGAACACGAAGGUCAAAGCUGGAAUCGCUCUGAUUAUGAGGCAGCCGUUAUCCCCGGAGGUGCUCCCGGUGCCAACACCAUGAAAGACAAUGUUGAGGUCCAAGAUAUUAUUUCUCUAUUGUAUGAGAAGCAAAAGAUCGUGGCUUUUAUUUGCGCUGGUACAUUGGUUGCUAAAGCCGCCAAGAUUCCCGAAGGCCACAAAGUAACAUCUUAUCCUGGUGUGAAGGACCAAUUAACAGAUGUCUACAAGUACAGCGAGGAUCGCGUCGUGGUGGAUCAGAAUGUUAUCACCAGCCGUGGUCCCGGCACCGCCAUGCUAUUUGCUUUGACGAUCGUGGAACAGCUUUUGGAUAAACAGGUUGUUGAAAAAUUGAAACAGGAAAUGCUGACCGCCUCUACGCUGUAAAUAUUUGAA